CCCGCCUCCUGCUCGCACUUUACCCGCUCUCUCCUCUCUCUCAGUCCGCUGUCACUCCCAUCGUGUCCGGGGACUACUCUCACCACCACGGGCUCCAUCAGCGGGACAAACCGGCCAUGGCAGUCCGAGUCUCGUUCACUCAGCUCCGCGUAGAGGCCGAGCUGGAGCGGUACCGGGCCGAGUGCCAGUGGGAGAGGAUACCGGCGGCGGUGGAGCACAUGCUGGCGGCGCGGAUACACGAGGACGAUGACUAUGGGACUCUUCUGUUGGCCGAGGCUCUGCUGGAGGAGUGUCUGCAAGACAACAUGGAGCAGCUCAGACGGUGUAAACCUCUGGAGGACAAGACUCUGCCCAAACUGAGCCGCUCCAAAGCUCUGCUCAACACUAUACUGAGCCGAGGACGCCUCACGCCCAGAUACCUGAAUGAGGCUCUGCUCCUGAUGGCAAAGGUACAUUAUGUCCAGGGCAGGUACAGAGACGCUCAGGGAAUGUGUGCCAGAGUGGGACUGGAGGAGCUCACCCAGGACGACCAGCCUGUGUACCACCUCAGACUGCUCGCCGAGGCUUUUGUUAUUAAAGGUCUGUCUCUGGCACAUCAGACGGUGUCUGGUGUGUCCCGCGUUCGUCUGUCUGAGCGAGAAGAGGAGAGUCUUUCCUGUUUCCUCAAAGCCUGCGAUGCGGCCCUGUCUUUUCUCCAGGAGGUGGAGAAGAAUGUUACCACACCCCACUCAAAAACACCCAAGUCCCACAGCCCUCUGCCCCCUCCAGCUGAUAUCGAACUGGGGUACUUCCUCCAGGCUGCACUGCAGAGUGCCUACCUCUGUCUCUUGCAUAGGGGGCAUCUGGCUCAGGGGGCCCAUCAGCUGAGGAGGGUGAUGAGAGUGGUCGAGUCUCGCGGAUCUCAAAACUUCAGGAAGUCUGCAGCGAGAAAGCUGGCGGAGGUUUUGCUGAGCUCUGUGGGUGAGGACAGUUACUGGCCUCCUCUGGGCCCCCCUCCAGCGUCCUGGCUCCACAGAGAGGGGGCAGCAGCCUCCAAAGAUGCCAUCUACCCCACAGUCAAGCCCCCACUGCGCUACAACACAGAUGGGUGCUUUUGUCCCCAAGACGUGGUAGAGGAGGCUGUGCUACUUCUGCUGAUCACAGAAUCAAUGACGUCCGCUGAGGCAGUGCUCAGCCGAAUGCCUGAUCAGGCUGAGGCUCGACAGGCCAGUCUGCAGGACGCCUCCUCUGUGUAUGACCUGCUCACUAUCGGCAUGGCCAGGAGGGGGCAGUACGCCAUGCUGUCUGAGUGUCUGGAGCGAGCUAUGAAAUUCUCUUUCAACGAAUUCCACCUUUGGCACCAGCUUGGCCUGUCCCUCAUGGCCGCGGGGAAGGGGGCUGCAGCUGUGUCCGUUUUGAAGGAGUGUGCGCGGAUGAGACCAGAGGACCCUUCAUUGCCGCUGCUUGCUGCUAAAAUCUGCAUCGGACAACUGCACUGGUAUGAAGAGGCCCUGUCUCUGUCCCAGAGGGUGGUGUCCAUGGGGGAGGAGGCUGGAGAGUUUCUGCCCAGAGCCUACCUGGCCUUAGGGCUCUGCUGCAGCCUGCAAGCCACUGAAGCUUCUUUAAAAGCAGACCGAGAUAAUUUUAACAAGCGAGCUCUAAAGGCACUUAACAAAGCUCAUUCAUUGGACCCUCAGGAUUCACAGAUUGCAAUGUACCUGGCUCUACAACUUGCCCUUGUUCGUCAGGUCUCUGCCUCCAUGGAGCCCCUGCAGAGGGCGCUGUCUCUUUGUGGAGAGGAUUUGCUCUCACUCCAUCUGCUGGCUUUACUCCUCAGCGCUCAGAAACACCACAGACACGCGCUGGACACUGUCACACUGGCCCUGACACAGCACCCCGACAACUUCAAUUUGCUGUUCACAAAGGUGAAGUUGGAGGAGAUGGUCCUGGGUCCGGCUGUGGCUCUACAGACCUGUGAGGACAUGUUGCAGCGCUGGCAGAGUCGCUUUGACAACAGCCGAUACAAUGAGACAGAUGAGAGUAGCAGUAUCCCUGUCCCAGAUCGUCCCGAGGCCAGUCCCGUUCCUGGUCUACAGAGGCGCUCCAUCCAACUCCUCACACUCCCAGACUUCCAGGACGGGUCCACAGGUUCGCAGAGCCCACCCUCUGUGGCUGUGUCCCGUCUGGAUGCUGCUCUGUCUGAAGUGUCUGACGUGAGCUCCAUGAGACGCCACGGUCCCACCUACAUCUGGACCACCCUCGAGCGCAUCUGGCUCCAAGCUGGUGAGUUGUUCAUGGCAGAGGGUCGUUUGAAGGAGGCUCACCUCUGCAUCACUGAGGCCAGUACCCUGUUCCCAAAUUCCCACUCAGUGCUGCUGGAGAGGGGGCAUCUGGCUGAGCUCCGCGGGCACACGGAGGAGGCCAAGAGUCUGUAUGAAGAGGCUUUGGCCAUCCACCCAACCGGGGAGAGGAUCCUUGUGCAUUUGGGCCGCCUGCUGGUGAAAACUGGGAGUGUGCUUUUGGGAGAGAAGGUCCUACGUGACGCGGUGCAGGUGCACAGUACGUCCCAUGAGGCAUGGGGGGGUCUGGGGGAGGCUCUACAGUCCAGGCAGAGCAGCCAGGCUCCAGACUGUUUCCUCACUGCUCUGGAGCUCGAGGCCUCCAGCCCCAUACGUCCAUUUACCAUUAUACCACGAGAACUGUGAACUACCCACUGCUAAACCAUCAUGACACAAGAACUAUGAAUGACCCAGCACUAAAGGGGUACUAGUCAUCCAAUCAAUCAACAACUGUUUGAUUGGAUGACUGGUGUGACAACUGUGUUUUAUUCAUACAGCUCCAACAGUCUGGUCAUUUGAUCCAUGAACACAGCCUCAUGGAUCAAAUGACCAGAUUGUUGGAGCAAGUUACUCAAGUAUUUACUCCUACUUGAGUAACUUGAGUUUUGGUUAUCUUGUCCACUUUGCAAAGUCUACACAUGUCAAAACUUUUUGUUGACAAUGCUUAGUGAUUUGAACAUCUACCUUUUCUACACAUUUUCAUGUGUCUGGUCUUUUCUUUAAAAAUAUCUGAAUGUGUGCAAUAUUUAAUGUUUUGCCUUAUCCAUACAUUAAAUGUCCAAACAGUUACUCUUACUUGAGUAUAUUUUUUGGUUCUCUAUACCCAUUAACAAUUUAGGGAUUUUUUUUAAGACAGUAGGAGAUGUUGUUGACAUGUUUCAGCUGUGAGGUGCAAUCACAAUGAGGUAAAUACAUCUCCUAUUGUACUGUCUUUAAAAAAUAACCCAAGUUGUUACUGUAAAAAAAAGACAAAGCUUCAAGUGGCAUCAGAUGGCCCUCGUGGGCCGUGCCUCACACUGGGCUGGCCUGCCACUCCCUCAGGAUGGCGCUAACACGCCCCCAGUCUGUUUAUUGUUGUGGCUUUUGGCUGUACUUUGUCACUACACAAAGUCAGCACACAGUGUGAUGCUUGAUACCAAAGUAAUUUUCAAAAAUGUUUCUGUAUACUAUAUUUUAUUUGACUUUGAUUUAAGUUUCAUUCAGUCUGAGUUUCAUAUAAAGUCUAUAUUUCAGCUGUGUAUGUGGGGCUUAGAACUGUUUGGUCUUGUGAAAUCAUAUUUGCAUAGUUUUAUAUAUUGAAAUGGCUUGGGACUAAAGUAUUAUUCAAAGUUUGUAUUGAAAAUAAGGGUAAAAACAAUAUUGGUGUUUUGUGUAUAUUAUAAAUAAUAUUUAUUUAUUCUCUUUAUUCCUUAUGUCACUAUGUGUAAGUUAGUAAUUUUGUGUUUUUAUGCUUGAUACCAAAAUAAUAUAUUUCUCUUACAUUGAAAAUACUGUACGUUUCAGUAAAUAUUGUCAUUCUCCAUACAAGUUUUGGUUAUUUUUACACAUCAGUGGCAGUCAUUAUGCACCACUUCAUUCAUGUCUAUGUAAACAAAGCCGCUGUGAUCUGAUUGGACGGUAGCACCCAUGUCUAUCUUCAGUAACUCAAAUAUGUUGUGUUUACAUGUGGCAUCACAAUACACUAAACUGCGCAAUUAAAAGUAUUAAAGGUGCACUAUGUAACAUUUCUAGUAAAGAGUCUGCUAUACCUUUUUGUCUCCAUGCAGAUGUUACUGCUUUGCUUGGCAUAUUGCGGUAUGAUAAUAAACUUUCACUUGUGCAUUUUGUCAAUUACAGGUGUUGUUAUUGCACAAAACAUCUUGAAAUAACCAGAAAAGUUGCGUAAUGCACCCUUAAAAUUAAACUUGAAGAUCGGUCAGGAGUUUUUUGCCUUUUUGCCUACAGCCAAUUUGCAGACUCAGUCCCCUCACAUGCAAUGACAAGUUUGAACAUUUGUCAGUUUUUCAGUGUGGUUAUUUCACUCAUAAUCAGUGACCACGGG